GAGACGGCAGACGUACGAAAUUGCGAAGUUGCCAGUAUAAUUAUAUGAUGGUAUGAGGAGCAAGGUUAUCGCGUAAAAUGCGAAUCUGUGGCAUCCGUGCAUUCCAUGGUCACGUGUCCAAGUGUAUAUGUUUAAUAGCCGGCGAAACCGUCGCAGAGCAGCAAGUGUCACGUAGUACGCAUAUACUUCAGCCGUGUAUGCACACGAUACCGGCUACUGCGAUUACAGCAUAAAAAAUUGUUCAUAUAGUGAGUAAAAUGACUGAAGUGAAAGUUCUCGACGGCGGCUUCUCAACGCAGCUUGCUACCCACGUAGGUGAAAGAAUCGAUGGCGAUCCUUUAUGGACGAGCAGAUUUUUGUAUACUAACCCAGAUGCAGUUUAUCAAACGCAUCUUGACUUUUUGCGCGCUGGUUCCAAUAUCAUUGAAACCAAUACCUAUCAAGCGUCAAUGCCUGGAUUCGUUAAAUAUCUCGAUAAGAGCGAAGAGGAAAGUUUGCAAUUGAUUAAGACUGCUGUAGACUUAGCUAAGAAAGCUGUGAAAACAUACAAAGAGGAAAUCAAGGGUACUGAAGUUUCCAAUCCAGAGCCCCUUAUUGCUGGCUCUGUGGGUCCUUAUGCAGCUUGCUUACAUGAUUGCUCUGAAUAUACUGGUGGAUCCUAUGGAAAUAUUGAGUCCAUGGAUUCAAUUGUUGAAUGGCAUAAGCCUAGGAUUCAAACACUAAUAGAUAGUGGUGUAGAUUUGCUAGCCAUUGAAACAAUUCCAUGUGCUCGAGAAGCAGAAGCAUUAGUAGAAUUUAUGGCUAAAACCUAUCCAGGUACAAAGUUUUGGCUUUCAUUUUCAUGCAAAGAAGAUGGAAAGAGUAUAGCUGAUGGUAGCAGCUUUAAAGAAACAGUUUUGAAGUGUUGGAAAGUAACAAAACCAGGACAGAUUAUUGCAUGUGGUGUUAACUGCCUUGCACCAAGAGCUGUAACACCUCUUUUAAAAUCAAUCAGUCAAAAAGAAAUCAAUGAAUUUAUUUCUAUGAUUGCUUAUCCUAAUAGUGGAGAAAAAUAUUCUCCAGCAACUUAUAGCUGGACAAUCGAUAAUGACUUCCACCCUCCUGAAGAAUUUGUAAAAGAUUGGCUUGAUAUAGGAGUACGUUAUAUAGGAGGGUGUUGUAGAACUGGCAACAAAGAUAUUGAGAGAAUUUCUGCUGAAGUCAAAUGCUGGACCAAAAGUCAUAUUGCUUAAGCUUGAAUGCUGUGAUGUUUUGAUAUUCAGAUUUUUCAUUAAAUAACACUUGUUACAAUAUUCCUGUUUUUGUUAUUGACCAAUUGACUAAAUGUAAUGAUUUAUAAUUUACAGUGUUAAUUUCCAAAUGAAAUUUAGUUUAGAUAGAGUGAGUUUUACAUCAUGUCAAUCAAUUGAACAAAAAUUAUAUAUCAAUAAAUUAUUAUCUUGAAAAUUUUGCAUAAACAUUUUUUUUUAAUAUUAUACUGAAAUUUAUGUUGAUGAAAAUAAAAUA